AUGUCAAAGCCAUGGGGGGGGAGAUGCACGCAUAGCACAGCGGUUUUAGUUUGUUUUGUGGCAUCGAGUACGAACGUGACACAAAGACACCAAACGACUGUGAAGCACACACACACCAUACCAUACCAUACCAUACCAUAUCAGAUGCCUGUAAAGUUCGAGCACGAUCCCUGGGCGUUCGAGCCCACGUGGGACCCGCUCGUGGCCGACUUCGGCGUGGCCAAUGGCGCCUCGCCCGGUGACGGGACCGCUCCCGCCUGGCUGGCCUGGGACUGGCAGCCCAGCCCGCACGGUUGCGACACGCAGCAGGCGCAGGAGCUGCUGCUGGAACGAAACUUUCUGCUGGGCAGUUGCAACCCCGCGCGGGACGCGCUGUCGCUGGGAUUGUCGGACUACGACGGAAGCGGCGGAAGCGGCGGAGGCGGCGACCGCGUCGUCGCGGACGACGACGAGAAUGACGACAGCAACGACAACAGCAACAACAGCGUUACCCGCACCACCGAGCUCGCGCACGUGAUGUCGUCCAGUCACGUGCCCUCGUCCGCCUCGUCCGAGGCGUCGCCCACGACGUUCGAGACCGCGUUCCCGCUGUCCAGCGCCGGCUCGUCUUCGCCCGCCGACUCCCCUGGCCACGGCCACGGCCACGGCCACGGCUCCAAAGCCCGCCGCUCACUCGCCGCCGCCGCCGCCGCCGCCAAAUCCUCGCGCCACGUGACCGGCCGCUCCCACUCCUGGAGUGCCAGCGCCUCCAGCGUCUCCCGCGCCGCCAACGCUCCUUCAGCUCCUCUCUACAAAUACGUUGCCCACGCCCAAAUGGCCAUGCAGUACGGCCAGCCCAAAAACUCCCUCGAGAACAAACGCGGCUGGCUCCGAAUCGCCCGCAUAACGCCCGAGCGCCACGCCCUCAUCGCACAACGUCUUGCCGAGAAACGCUCCCAUCCAAAGGCUUCCAGCGCUUGCGAGCAGAUCGUAUCCCAUGUUCUGCGGCUGUUCGAGCAGAGUCACGUGCGCGAGAAGAUCCAGCUCUUGGCUUUGGAACGUCGUCGUCGCGCCCAUUCCACCUCCACCACGACUUCCGAACUCGAAGCCCUUGCUCAUCGCGAUCUCGACGCCGCAAACCAUACGCUUUGGCUCAACCAGCGAAUUCCCAGAAACGCGGCUCGCCAGGCCAAACAGUUUCCGCGCCUCACUGUGCACGACUGUGACGCCAACGCCAGCGCCAGCACCAGCGCCAGCACCAGCGAGGCCACCUCCAUAGGUUCACCACCGAGUCUUUUGGCCGUCGAGGUACGCACUAGUAGCGGCUACAAUGACUACACCGCGGCUUCUACCGAGAUUUCCACGCUCUCCAACUGGGACUGCGAUCUCUUGCAGCUCCGCCACAUGUCGCUGCUUCGCGAAAGUGACGAUCGCAGACGCAAGAACAAGUACUACGAGUUCAUCGAGGGCAAGAUGAAGCGCCCGCUCAACAGUUUUAUGCUUUAUCGCUCCGCCCUAAUGAAAGCGGUCGCUAUUCUCAAAGUAUGCAACGUUGUUACCGAAACCUGCCAAUUUGUCGCCCAACGGUAUCCGCAACUCACAGAAACACAGCUGCUUUCAGUGAUCCGCUGUGUCAUCGAAGAAUCCGAGCUUCCACUAGAUUUGCCCGUUCUCAUCGAUCUCGAUUUCGUUGCGCAUGCAAUUCAAACCACCAUGUAUGAACCCGCCGGCGAAGACGACUACACCGAUUCAAACGAUUUCGCCGCAAAUGCUGGUCUGAAACCCGUGGACCCCAAGUUUGCAAAUCAAACAGAUGUGGCUCAAGUCAUUACUUUGAUGUGGAACACCGAGCCUCAGGAAUUCAAACAACAUUUUGUUGAAUUUUCUCAUACCGAAAAGCAGCAUCAUCACGAAGUAUACCCAAAAUAUAAAUACUGCCCCAUAAAGAAGGAGCGUACCGUUCGGAAUUUGAAUACCUCCCAACCACCCUGCUAA